AUGGGGAUUUACCAUGGGCUUGGCAUACUUGGCAGAUUACAAUCAAUGAUACAAUCUGGCAAUUUGAAAUCAAAGAUAUAUUUAAAAUUUUUUACUAACAAAAAUAGCAACACUAUUUUUGGAAGCAGCAUUACCUGCGGAAUCUUAACACACAUACGCAAAUACCCCUUCCAACUGCUACAAUUACACGAAUUUAGCGGCAGAAAAGGCGGAUUGAAGAGAAAAAAGGCUAAUAAAUUGGAAGUAAAAGUCCAGCGUUCAUUAGGCCGUCGAAUGGAGUUCUAUCAUCCAACAAAGAAGAAACGAAAGAGAAUUAGACUAGUUCAGAACUCCAGGGGAAAUUUGGUGUACGAUUCCAUCAUUAAUAGGUUCUUGGUUGUUUACUACAAGCAAGGGAUGCAAGUCUUUAGACCAUUCAGUACACGCAACAAUCGCUUUGAACUGGCCCGAACAAAGUCUAUUACUCUAGCGAGACAAUUAUCCGAAAAGUACUACAAAUUUGACACACACUCCCAUGUUAGUGUUGGUACUACUAAGGAUACUGAAAACGAUGUAGGAAGAAUAAAAAAUAGCAACAUUAUAAAUAUGGAUGAGCGACUACGACCUGACGUAUCAUCAAGUGGAGUAAGGGGCGUUAUUUUCGACUCGGAUGACAAAUCUUGGGUUGUGCACUUCAAUGAAGCUGGUACUAGGAAGUAUCGAAAGUUCAAUAUUGACUCACUAGGAUUCCAGAAUGCAUACACAUCUGCCAUCGCAUUUAAACGGUUCAAAUUACUACAAUAUCACCAGUUUUUGCCAAUGAGACAAAGAUAUCGCAGGGGGAGAAAAUAUUUGCGUUAG